AUGGAUCUGAAACACGUGCACGUAGUGCGAGUGGUCCACGACGCGUUGCACGACGAUAGCAGUCCGGUUACCGCGCUGUUCGAGUGGGCCGAGAAUCGAAGCGGCGUGCAGCGCAUGAAGCUGUUCGUGGGCCUGAUGAUCGUGAUCGCGGUGUACCUGACCAGGCCGGACAGGGGAACAGUGAUGCUGGGCAACGUCAUCGGGUUCGUGUACCCCGCGUACAUGACCAUCGCGAUGCUGCUCCAGCCGCCGGAAAGCCGGGCGCCGCGGCCUGCGUCCGUCGCCGGCUACCAGCAGCAGCAGAAGCUUCAGCAGCAGCAGCACCAGCAACGGCACCAGCGCACGGCCCGGUGGUUCGUGUACUGGAUGGUGUUCGCGGCCGCAUUGAUCGUACACCAGAUGAUCGGCGGCCUGCUGGCCCUGGUCCCGUUCUACGGACUGAUCCGAGUCGCGUUUUUCGUGUGGUGUUUCGCACCGGUCCCGACCAACGGUGCUGAUUUCGUCUACGCGCUGGUCGUGCGCCGCCACCUGGCCGAUCACUUCGCGGCCGCCGGUGGCAUGGACGAUGCGGACGGCGCGGAGGCCGACAGCCGCCCCACAGUGGGAGGAAUACAUGUUCUAGCUGGCCAAAAUUAA